AUGUUCAGGAUGCCGUUCUCUUGGUAUGAUAGUGAGAAUGUGAAGAUUGUAAAGGAAGCCAUCAAUACAAAGUCUUCUAAUUGCAUAGAUGCUUAUCAGGCGUUACUUCGACACUGCGCAACUGGACGGUUAUCUUUCGCCGAAUUAUUGGAUGCAUCCAUGAAGGAAAUGGGCGAAUCGGUUAAGAAAUGUAUGAAUUUUGCAAAUGUUCUUCUAAUGCUCUAUGAUUUUUUUGGAACGUCUUUUUCUGAUGCUCUAAAUAACGAGAAACUCCAAAAACGUUUUGAAGAGAUUUUAAUAUCUAUGAUUCCGAUAAAUAAUUUGGCUUCUCGAAAAUUGGCCUGGCUAAUGAAGUCUAUUUUUCCGAAAUCGGAAAGCGGCUUGUUGGGACUUUGUCAUUUGGAAGGAAUUAAUCUGUCAUCUUGGAUUCCAGAACUGUCUGCUGCCGAUUUAAAUAGGCUUCUAAGGAAUGCUCAUAAUGAAAGCAAAGAGGAUAAUACAAUUGAUUCUAUUAAACGGAAACUUUCUCAAAUGAAUGAUAUAAGGGAAGCUCAAAUAACAAAAAAACGUGUUGGCGAAUAUAUCGUAUUAUUACAGAGAGACCAUAAGUUUAUACAGAAUGUUAUGGAUUCUUUUAUUCCCCUUGAACAUAAAGAAAAUCCUUUGGAAGAACUUUUGAAACACGCAACCGAGAUUAUGGAUCAAGUCAAUGCUCUUCUGGUACGUUCUAUUACCGUCUUUGGUUUGAAUUUGUUUUGCUUAUCCGUUUAUUUAAUAUAUUCUAUGAGUAAUUUUUUCUUUAUUGAUUAUCUUCGUUUUCAACGAUUUUGA